AGAAAACACCUCUCCUUACCCUACCCUUUGAUUCUUCCUUCUUUUCCCUCGUGUUUGAUUGCAGAGCUCGCGUAGACCAGCAGCUCGAAGAUCUUUCCAAGGGGCAGUGACCAGGUCGACCAUCGGCCCCGUCCUCUCGUUUGUCAUUUGACCUGGCUCGUGUUCCGACCUUUUCGAAUCGCGCUUCAAGCCCAUGUCUACCGAUCAAUAAACGCAAGAUGGCUCAAAAUCGGGACCCAGCGUUCUGGCGACGCUUCUCCCUUGCCAUCCACCUGGAUGAGGAAUCCAAGGCUUCCACCCCAGAAAAGGAAGUCACUAUAUGGUCGGAUAACUGGAUCAAGGGCCAGGAAAGGAAACGCAAACGAACCAUCCUCUGCGGCUUUCUGAUAUUCUUCCUCAUUGCGCUGUUCGUUGUUGGCGUUAUCGUGGUGGUCGUUUGGCUCAAUGCUCAUCACUGGCUACGGGAGACAUCGAGAUCAGCUUGAUGUAGUGGCAGAUAAGGGGUUAAGGAUCUGGGUCGAGGAAAGAGGUAUCUUGUGAAUAUGUGUUUUCUAGCUAGGCAUGAAUGAGCGGGCCUCAUUUCGGUUUUGUUCUCAUAUUCUCUCGUUCUUUUGGCGGCGGGCUGGGGCUGGCCCUGUUGCAAUAUCCCCAAAUAGCUGACAACCGUCGUUGUGAUAAGUAUUGUUACGAUGAAUGUUGCAUUCAC